AUGGGAAGAAAUGGAUUAUUUCAACAUGACCGCCAGCGCCGAGCCUUUGCGGAUCUCCCUACGGUAUUGGUUCCUCCUGCGGUCUUUGGUGGGUUGUUCAUCGCGCUAUGGACGUGGAAGUGCUGCAUGAUGGUUCUGUUCCAGAACAAGAUCAUAUACAUGCCUAGCCUGCCCCCGAAUGCUCGAUGGGAGACGAUAGCGAACUAUCAGAGCCAAUGCAGUGGGAUAUCAUGGAGGGAGGAGAGGAUCAGGUCUGGGGAUGGGACACGGAUCAGUCUAUGUGUGGCAAGUGUCGAGAGCAGUUCGGCCCCUGUACUGCGGAAAGUGUAUAUUUUAUAUUUCCAGGGUAAUGCGUCUUCAUUGCCUCCACGGCUCCCGUUCCUAUCACCCGUGCUUCGCAUGCUCCGAGACAAGCAGCCCCCUCUUCCAGUACAGUAUAUCAUGGUUUGUUGCAGCUAUAGAGGAUACUGGACCUCGAAAGGUCGUCCGUCGGAGAAGGGGAUACUUCAAGAUGCCGCUGCGGCCCUGAACUGGAUCCGCGAGGUCGAAGAGACCUCCUCUGACGAGGGAGACAAACAGCCCGUCUCAGUGAUUAUCUGGGGUCAGAGUAUCGGGGCAGGAGUUGCUACAAACCUGGCUGCGCAACAGGCUCUCUUCUCGGAGAGACUUGCACUGAAGAUGUUGAUCUUAGAGACGCCGUUUCUCAGCAUACGAGCAAUGCUCGAGACGAUCUACCCACAGAAGUGGCUCCCAUAUCGGCACUUGUGGCCCUUUUUACGGAAUCAUCUUGAUAGUUGGGAGGCCCUGGGUGUCCUGCAAGAAAAUGCGAUUAGACACAAGGUCACGCCGCCGAAUGUCGUGAUUGUAGAAGCCGAAAGGGAUGAAUUGGUUCCAGCUUCGCAUGGUGAUAUGCUUGAGAGGAGAUGCUUGGAGUUGGGGCUCAAAGUCAGGAAGCAAAGCAUCCCUACGGCUUUACACAAUGAAGUCCUGGUGCGGCCGGGGGGGCGUACUGCUAUGGUGGAGGCUAUUCGGCAGGCUUCAGGAGAAGCUCCUAGCUCUCAGCCCAAGGGUUGA